CGAAAGUGGCUGACCCGCAUCGCAGAGAACCAUCUGGGGAUGGCACGAGGCGGAAAUGAACUAAGUUCACCCUCCAGACGGGUCAUUAGCGCCAGAUGGAGGAACCCAUGCUCAGCCCGCAGGCGCCGCCACUUGACCGACCUGUCCACCGGAAAUGGGCUGCCUCAUUCGCAGCCGGCACCGUCGGUCCUAUAGCGCCCUAUGGCAGCUCCUCUGACCUGGACUCCGUGUGCCCGUGUCAGACGAGGUACAAGGAGGCCCAUUUCCCGGUACCUUCUCGCCGCCGUCUGGCCCGCCUCUCCCGACGUCUCUCAGCUUCACCGAAUGCCCUCUACCGCUGGGCGCUGCUCUACGUCUCUCUCUCUUUCACCCGCCCCCUUCAUUUCAAAUCUGUUUCAUUAAACCUAUCCGUCUACGUCCGCCUGCGCCAAAGGCCCUUGUCCAAGGAGUCAAGACGGAGCGCUAUCCACCUACGCUCGCUCGCCCCGCCACGGAGGUCGUCAUUUGUGCAAGAGCUCGCUUCUCUGUAUGUCGCUCUCAGGCUUCUCCAGGGCUUCCUCUCCGCCUAGCCGGCGAACUGCAUCGAUUAUGGUACUUAUCGUCCAAUCAUGAUCCGGGCUGGCCCGCACUUUCACCUUGGGUAAAUGGGACCCUCAUGCCAGGACGAACUUGAGCCUGCCCGGGCUGGCCCAUCCCACAGGACGCCUCUUCGGGGUUCAUGUCAAUCCGACGCUGUGCCCCCCGUUGUCACUCCGACCUCGAGGUUAUGAAUGAACGUCUCAAGUCACCGUCGCCGCUCAUUCUCACAGCCGCCCUCCCGCGCUCGGUCCGUUGCCGC